AUGGCAUCCACGAUUCAACAGCCACCCUUUGUGCAUACCCUGCUUGGCCCCGAGGGUCUCCUGAGUGAUGAUGACAAUGAGGGGGUUUCCCUUCUUCAUGACGAUCUGGAAGAAGAAGAAGAAGUAGGGCGGAGAGAAGUGAAUCCCGCUCACGGUGAGUCACUAUCCGAUCCGCUCCUCGCACCGUCCAUUGCGUCUUCGUUGCUUCCUACUCAGCAUGACCCUAAGCCAGACGAUCUCUACAGUAAAGUCGAACAGAAUGGGGCUGGGGCUGGGGCUGGUGGCUCCUCUGCUGCUUCUGGUGAUGACUGGCGGCGGAGCGGCAAUCGACGAAGGCGAGAUCUACCUCCACUGAGCGAACCACGUCGAUUCUGGCAGUUGUUUGUAGGUGUUCUGUGCUGUUUUGCCGUCUCAUCCAGUUAUGCAUUUAAUCUCUACAGUGGACAACUGCAGUCCAAGUACAACUUUACCCAAAGUCAAAUGACCACUAUUACUACUGUUGCUGAUGUGGUCGGUGCAGUAAUACUUAUUUUUGGUUUCUUGUAUGAUCGCUAUGGCGCAUGGCCUCUUUUCUUGACCACAAUGAUAACUUUUUCGCUCGGUGCGGUAUUGUUUGGCUUAACAUACGCAAAUGCCAUUACAGGGUCAGUGCCAGCCUUCUCUGUAUAUGUUUCCUUACUGGCUUUGGGGACUUCAUUACUUGACAUUUGUGGUGUUAUGACACUAUUGUCCAUAUUUCCUGUUAACAGAGGAGCCGUUGUAGCAGUAAUGAAAACGUUUUCCGGAAUGGGUUCUGCUAUUCUAGGUGCCAUUCACUUGGCCUUUUUCUCAGAAAAUAAUGACAGUGAUACGAGUCGUUUUUUUUUCUUUGUUGCUGCUGUGGCAUCUGUAGUUUCAUUUCUUGGCCUGGUUUUCGUGGAGGUCCCACCCUACAUGAUCAAAGGAUGUGAGCAGAAUGUCCUUACAGAUGAGGAACGGAGACUACGACGACGUUUGAAGAGACAAUAUCUGCGUCAGAAGGCUCCUGCUGCACGUUUUGCUGUUGGUGUUACUAUUGUGUUGAUUUUAGUGGUGUUUCUCCCCACACAAGGGGCUUUAUCUGCGUACUUUGAUCUUGAUCACAAAUACCACGUUGCAUUUGCAUGUAUUGCUAUUGGUUUACUUGCACUAUACCCAAUAAUGGCUUUGCCACUGAAGAUAUUUGACCGUAAGGUUAACUUACUGGACGCAGGAAGUAUUCCAUGCACCUCUAACCGUGUAAGUCGCGCAAGCCGUUUUACACGGGAUAGUAUGAACAGUGCUGCUGAUGCAGCUGAUAUUGAUUUUAUUGCGCCUCAGUACCAGACUACAGCAGUUGAAAACUUCCGAACGUUUCGUUUUUUGCUCCUGGUGUGGACGCUUUUUUGCCUUUUUGGGGCUCAUUUUAUUAUAUUAACGAAUAUGCGUUUUCUGGUUGGUGCUCUUGCAGGGAAACCUCUUGACGAGUCUUUUAUGGCACUUCUUGUCGUGCUUGUUGGUGUCGGCAGUGGAGUUGGUCGUAUUUUGUUAAGUAUCUUUGAGAUGGCUACCCAAGGUAAACCUGCUGAAAGACGAAUGCCCAUUACGUUUAUAUUAUUUGUCCCGACUGGAUUUACCGUGCUUACUCUUGUCUUAAUUAUGUUGGUUACACCUAAAGCACUUCCUAUUCCUUGCUUUAUUAUGGCAUUAGCUAGUGGAUGUACGGCAGCAGCUGUUGUUAUUGUUUUACGCACUAUAUAUGCAAAAGAUGUGGCUAAACAUUACAAUUUCUGUAUGGUUGCUGGAAUUGUUGCAUCAGUAGUAAUGAAUCGUCUUGUAUAUGGUGAGUGGUAUACACAUCAGGCUGCCAAGCAGGGUGGUAGUUUGUGUUACGGCAAACAGUGCGUCUUGAUGCCCUUAUUGGUGUCUCUUGGUAUGAAUAUCUCUGCUGUUGCCUCCACUGUUUAUAUUCAUUGGGACUACAGCAGGUACUGUAGAGAAAUGCUUGAACUGCGAGACGACCGAUUACGUGGAGGGAGACGACGUAGCGUAUUUGAAGAUAGCGUAUUAACAGAAUCUGUGAACCCUAUGGACUAA